AUGUUCACCUCUGGGAAAGUACUUCCUGUAAAAAUUCAACCCCCUCUCUUAAGACCAUUGGCUUAUAGAGUCCUGUCGAAGAAAUAUGGUCUAAGUAUUAAAUCUGAUGGCUUAUCUGCAUUGGCUGAAUUUGUCGGCAAUACAAUGGGAUCUGAUUGGAAAAGAAGUCCUGAAACAUUAAAUUUUUUGGAAUUGUUUGCAUCUGUUUGGAAACAACAGGAGCGGGGAUUGUUCGUGGAUAAAGCUGGUGUGUUGGAAGUCGUAUGCGAGUUAAAAGAACGUGAAAAGACUAACAUCCAGGAAUCAACGCAACAGAGGGAUAACAAUAAGGGUACUAAUGAUUAUAGCAGAAAAGGUAAGACUCUUGACAACUUUCUUACGGGAGCUGCAAAUAACAAUAAUCUCGAGGAGAAUGAAAGUUUGAACUCGGACACCUCUGAUCUAAUGCUUCCACAUAAUUCUUCCCUGUCUCCAAUACCACUAAAUGAGAGUGAUUUACCAAUGGAUCUUGAAAAUGAUGAACUUCCUGAAAAUAAUACUCAUUCGCAACAGCAACAACAGCAAUUGAAUUGGAAGGAUUAUUUUAAAGUUAUUAACGUAUCUGAGCAACAAAAAUUUACUUACAAUGCCAAUAAGAUGCAAUUCCAAUUUUGUCCAAUAAACACAAAUACGUCAGUUAUUAAACUACCAACAACCCAAACAAAUGUCACAAUUUUCCCUACUAGAUACUAUUUAAUCAGGGAUAGAGUUAUGAGAAAUGAAAACUUUCAAAAUGAUGAUACCUUUAAUCCUCUAUCAUCAAUGAUGCAUUUAAAAGAGGAACUACAAGAAUCGGGUGGAAAUGUAAAUAUUACCUCUUUUAUGUCUAUAACACCAAUUAAAAAUCUACUAGGCCGCGAUGGUAUGAACUUUUUACUAUUAGGGCUAUUAAAGAAAAAUACAAGAGGUAAUUGGGCCUUAGAAGAUCCUUCUGGGAGCAUUGAAAUUGAAAUAUCCCAAACUAUCCCAACUAAAGGGCUGUAUUAUGUUCCGGGCUGCAUUGUAUUGGCAGAAGGAAUCUAUUUUUCAGUGGGAAAUAAGUUCCACGUUACCUCAAUGACUCAUCCACCAGGUGAAAGGAGGGAGACGACACUAGAAGCUAUCGGUAACUUGGAUUUAUUGGGUGUUCACGGUGCAUCAAAUGAAAAUUAUAUUGCUAGAUUAGAUAAUGAUUUGAAGAUCAGAUUACAUUUCUUAGAGAAAGAGUUAGAAGAUCAUAGAUUUGUCAUCUUAGGAGGUGAUUUGUUUUUAGACGAACUGGCAACUUUGGAGGCAUUGAAAAAAACAUUUACAAAGUUAGAAGAAGAUCCUCCAACAUUACUUAUUUUCCAAGGUUCAUUUACCUCUGUACCUGUUCAUGCAUCUAUGACAAGUAGAAAUGUCAGUGCGACUACUCAAUAUAAAAAUAACUUCGAUACUUUGGCGGGCUUAUUAUCAACCUUUGAAAAUAUCAUUAACGGAUCGACAUUAAUCUUUAUACCCGGUCCUAAUGAUCCUUGGAGCUCAAUGGUAUCUCUCGGUGCAACUGGUAUUUUCCCUCAAAAACCAAUCCCCACAUACUUUACACAAAAAAUGAAUAGAGUUUGUAAGCAUAUUAUUUGGGGUUCCAAUCCAACAAGAAUUGCAUAUUUGUCUCAAGAAGUCGUUAUUUCAAGAGAUAAUCUAGUGGAAAGAUUCAAGAGAAAUAGUGUAAUUUUUCCAACCGUGGAGGAAACUAGAGAACAACGACUACAAGAAGUAGAAGAAAGACUACAGAAUAUAUCGAUUGAUGAGACUGUUUCGAUUGAUGAGUUGGUUAAGGACAAAGACCAGAAAAACUUAAAAGUACAAGAAACCAGAAAAAUUGUCAAGACGAUAUUGGAUCAAGGACACCUUUCACCAUUCACUACAAAUAUACGCCCUCUCUUUUGGGAUUUGGAUUAUUCCUUAACUUUAUAUCCGAUACCAACUACCCUUAUCAUGUGUGAUACAUCAGCACCUCAAUUUGACCUAACAUACAAUGGUUGUAAAUCAAUCAACCCAGGUCGAUUUAUUAUAAAGAGGCGUGCUAGAUAUCUGGAAUAUAAACCGUCACAGAAAACAGUCGUUCAACAGGAAGUAUACUUUUAG